GCCAGCGUACACUUUCCCUUCCGGCAGCCAUCUUGGACACAGAAUAAAAUAAUCAUUGACACACAAAAAAAACAUCCCCCCACAAUGGUUACCACUGUGGGGGAAGGCACAAUGUGCAGUCGCCAUCCCCAGUUCCCCCGUAGUCAGGCCUAUUGAGGCCUCCACAGUUGCCUUUACGGAGGCCUGAUGUUCCUGGCCGUUCUCGCCGGGUGGUGUUGCUCCAGCGUCGGGAGAGUCCUCACAGCGGCUGGAACGGCCGAUUCCCUACUGGAGUCCGUGGCAUUCCGAAGCUGACAGGGCCGCGUCGGUUGGUGCUCCGAGGCUCCCGAUGUUAAAGUUGGCGCGGCUGGCCGCUCCACAGUCCCGCAGCUCGACAGUCUGCUCCGCGAUAGCGCUCCAGCGCUGUGCCGCCACCGAAGCUGAAGGUGCUGGGUGGUCCCCGCCAGGAAAGCGCCGCUCAACUCCCGCUGGUAGGCCGCAGGGACGGGUCGAUGGUGCAGCCCGGGGAAAAAGCUGCCUCACCGACCAGGAGGUGGGAAGUGGCUUCAUGAGCAGCACUCCGGUGUUCCCUGCCCAACCUCACCGGGCACUGGAUGCUGUCCUGGCUGAUCUGAUGGACGACAUCUCCCCGCUGUCCCCCAGCUUCCUCCCGCUGCCUGGUCUGACUGCUGCCCAGCAUGGGAGAAGCCUGCGUUUGGACAUACCAAAGGCCGAGAAGGAACCAUGGUGUCCUGCAGAACCUUUCUUCACUCCGUCAAAGGCCACUGGACCCACACAGCAGCAGCAUGACGAGGGGGAGGAGGAGACAGAGAUCGAGUCGGAUGAGAGGAGGCGACACACUUGUCCCAGCCCGCGCUGGGAUCACACCCUGUGCCUCAGUGACUCUGACACGGCCAUUCUCAUUGGAGGAGAAGGAGCAGGGAGCGGCUACAGUAAGGAUGGGCUGUGGAGGCUGGAGAUUGACGAUGGUGACAUUUUCUGGUUUCCCUUGGAGACGACUUCCACGCUGAGCAUCCCCAUCCCACAAUGUGUUCGCGGUCACUCUGCCACCUAUGACCCCGACGCCAAAAUAAUUUACAUAUUUGGGGGAAAGAAAGAUGGAGAAUGUUUCAAUAACGUCUACAUCCUGGACACCUUGACCUGGAAGUGGUCCGUGGUGAUUGGGAAGGGCAAGGUUCCCUCGCUGUCCUACCACAGUGCGGCCGUCUUCCAGCAGGAGCUAUUUAUAUUUGGCGGCUGCCUCUUCACGCCCCACCAGGGCGGGCAGAUCUACAGCAACUCCCUCUACAUCUUCAACCGCGAGCAUGAGAUCUGGUACCAGCCCAUCGUGAUGGGCGACAGGCCGCUGCCUCGCUGCGGACACUCUGCCACUCUCCUCAAUGACAAGCUGAUCCUGUUCGGAGGCAGUCGGAGCCGUGUGUUCCUCAACGAUCUUCACAUCCUGGACCUGGGUUUCAUGGAGUACGUUCAUGUACAGAUACCAGGACCUCCAGCACCACGAUGUCGCCACGCUGCUUUGCCUGUGGGCGAUAAUAAAGUCCUGAUAAGCGGAGGAUACAACCUGGCCGGCGCCCUGCAGGAUGUGUUCAUCUUCAACGCUGACACCUACAGCUGGAGCAGUCUGUACCACCACACUCUCUGCUCUGUACCAAGAGCAGGUCACAGCCUGGUGUAUCUGAGCUCGAGCCAGAGCAGCACAGGGACCUGCCUCAAACUCCUGGUCUUUGGGGGAUCAAACAGCACGGGGCAAUUCUACAAUGACACUCUUCAUGUCACUCUGGAGCUGAGUGAGGAAUGUCCAGAAAAUGCCCAUCCAUGAGUUUGCUGUGCGUGAGACGGGAACAUUGUGUCUGUCAGCUGGCUGGUGGCCUGACCAGUGAAUCAUUAAAUGUACUCCUGG